UAGCGCGGGAAGUGACUGUUUUUCAUUUCGCGGAAUAUUUUAUUUUAGUCAGAUUAUUCUGAGCCACAGGGACUUUUUGUUGUCAAUCUACAUCUUAUACAAGGCACGUCGAAUCAUAAAAAAAAAAAAAAAAUAUUACUGCAGAAAAAUGGACAAAAGGAAAAAAAGUACAAAUAAUUUCACACCAGCUAAAAAGGGAAAAUUUGAUUAUGAAGAUCCAUCAGCUUUUGAAGCCGAACUGGCAAUGCUGGAUGCAGUGGAAGCUGAAAUGGUUGAUGAUGAUUCACAAGAACUUGUUGGUGAAGGACCAGAGUCAAGAAAAACUAAUACAACGUGGUCACGCCCACCAUCACCUAAAAUAGACUCAAAAACUGAUAAAUUAAUUUUCCAGCAGUUGGACAUUGAUUUUUAUAUCGGAAAACAUCUAGAUGGUAUGCCAGGUGCUAAACUUGGUCCUGUGCCAAUUAUUAGAAUGUAUGGUAUUAAUAUGCAAGGUAAUAGUAUUAUGGCACAUAUUCACGGAUUCCAUCCUUAUUUCUAUGUACCUGCUCAGCAAGGUUUCGUCAAAGAUCACUGUGGAAAAUUUAAGGAUGCUCUAGAUAAUGCUGUAAAGAAGGAUUUACGUUCUAAUAAAGAAGGAAUAAUAGAAGCUGUUUUAGCAGUAGAAUAUGUGUCUAGAGAAAGUAUUUAUGGUUAUCAUGGAAACAGAAAGUUACCAUUUUUGAAGAUCACAAUGGCAUUACCUCGCCUGAUAGCACCAGCUAAGCGGUUAUUAGAACAAGGCUUUCAAUGUCCUGGAUUUGGUACCAAUGGUUUUCAGGCCUAUGAGAGUAAUAUCGACUUUGAAAUUAGAUUUAUGGUGGAUGCACAUGUUGUUGGCUGCAAUUGGAUUGAAUUACCUGCUGGGAAAUAUUGUUUGCGUGAGAAUGGAGGUAGUAAAGAUAAACUGCCAUUAACAUCACGAUCUCAGAUAGAACUAGAUGUAUCAUGGGAAGAUUUUAUAUCACAUCCAGCAGAAGGUGAUUGGUCAGUAGUAGCACCGUUCCGUAUUCUCAGUUUUGAUAUAGAAUGUGCUGGUCGUAAAGGAAUAUUUCCCGAAGCCGAGAAAGAUCCUGUUAUACAGAUAGCUAAUAUGGUACAAAGACAAGGUGAAGCAGAUCCAUUUAUACGUAAUGUCUUUACUCUUAAAUCGUGUGCUCCUGUUGUUGGUUCACAAGUUUUGUCUUACCAAAAGGAAAGUGAAGUUCUACAGAAUUGGGCAGCCUUUGUAAGAGAAAUUGAUCCAGAUUUAAUAACCGGAUACAACAUCCAAAACUUUGAUUUUCCUUAUUUGAUAAAUCGUGCAGCUCACUUGAAGGUGAAGGAUUUUAAUUUCCUGGGUCGUAUCAAAGAUAUACAAUCAGUUGUCAAGGAACAAACAUUUCAGAGUAAACAAAUGGGUAAAAGAGAGAAUAAAGUAGUUAAUAUAGAUGGUAGAGUACAGUUUGAUCUCCUUCAGAUUUUAUUUAGAGAUUAUAAACUACGAUCGUACACUUUAAAUGCAGUAUCCUUCCAUUUUCUACAAGAACAAAAAGAAGAUGUGCAACAUUCCAUUAUUACUGAUCUACAGAAUGGUAAUGAGCAGACAAGGCGUCGUUUAGCUGUAUAUUGUUUAAAAGAUGCUAUAUUACCGUUGAAACUACUUGGUAAAUUGAUGUGCGUUAUUAAUUAUAUGGAGAUGGCUCGUGUAACUGGUGUAACUAUGAGUUGUUUGUUAUCUAGAGGUCAACAGAUCAAGGUUGUUUCACAGCUUCUCAGAAAAGCUAAAGAACAAGAUUUAAUAUUACCAACACAUAAAGUAGAAAGCGGGGAAGAAUAUGAAGGAGCUACAGUUAUUGAACCUGAAAAGGGAUAUUAUUCAAUGCCAAUAGCAACACUUGAUUUUUCAUCUCUAUAUCCAUCUAUUAUGAUGGCCCAUAAUCUAUGUUACACAUCCUUAUUAACAACUAAUACUAUACAGAAAGAAGAAUUAACAGCAGAUCAGUAUAUAAAAACACCAUCAGGAAAUUAUUUUUGUAAAUCAUCCGUUAGAAAAGGUCUACUACCUGAUAUUCUAGAAGCUUUACUUGGUGCCAGAAAAAAAGCUAAAGCUGAUUUAAAAGAAGAAACAGACCCAUUUAAGAAACAAGUAUUAGAUGGAAGACAGUUAGCGUUAAAGAUUAGUGCUAAUUCUGUUUAUGGUUUUACUGGUGCUCAAGUUGGUAAAUUACCAUGUCUAGAAAUAUCACAGAGUGUAACAGCAUUUGGUAGAACUAUGAUAGAACAAACUAAACAAUAUGUAGAAGAACAUUAUACUAUAAAGAAUGGUUAUAAACAUAAUGCUAAGGUUAUAUAUGGUGAUACAGAUUCUGUUAUGUGUAGAUUUGGAGUAGAAACAGUAGCCGAAGCUAUGAAAUUAGGUCAAGAAGCAGCCAACUUUAUCUCGGAGAAAUUUAUUAAUCCCAUCAAACUGGAAUUUGAAAAGGUAUAUUUUCCGUACUUAUUAAUUAACAAGAAGAGAUAUGCUGGUUUAUAUUGGACUAAUCCUAUUAAACAUGAUAAAAUGGAUUGUAAAGGUAUAGAGACUGUUCGAAGAGAUAAUUCACCUUUAGUUUCUAAUCUUAUUAAUACUUGUUUACAGUUAAUCCUAAUAGACAGAAAUCCUGAUGGUGCUGUUGCACAUGCUAAAGAAACUAUAUCAGAUCUACUGUGUAAUCGGGUUGAUAUAUCACAGUUGGUUAUAACUAAAGAACUCACUAAAACAGACGAUGAAUACUCAGCUAAACAAGCUCAUGUUGAAUUAGCUAACAGAAUGAAGAAAAGAGAUGCUGGAAGUGCACCACAGUUAGGAGAUCGAGUUCCCUAUGUUAUUAUAGCAGCACCUAAAAAAACUGCAGCAUAUCUCAAGUCAGAGGAUCCAAUUUAUGUAUUAGAGAAUACUAUACCUAUAGAUACACAGUAUUACCUAGAAAACCAGUUAACUAAACCAUUAUUAAGAAUAUUUGAACCUAUAUUGGGUGAAAAGAAAGCUGAAUCUGUCUUAUUACAUGGUGAUCACACAAGAACUAAGACUGUUUUAACAUCUAAAUUAGGUGGUUUAGCAGGUUUUACCAAAAAACGAAGUACAUGUCUUGGAUGUAAAACUCCUGUAGAGAAAGAAACCCAGGCAGUAUGUACACACUGUAAACCAUUAGAAUCAUCUAUAUAUCAGAAAGCAAUAUUACAACUGCAGUCUUUGGAAGAGAAAUUCUCCCGUUUGUGGACACAAUGUCAGCGUUGUCAGGGUAGUUUACAUGAAGAUGUUCUUUGUACAAGUCGUGAUUGUCCUAUUUUUUACAUGAGGAAAAAAGUACAGAAAGAUUUAGAUGAUGAAGAGAAAUUAAUACAGAGAUUUGGACCAGCAACGUGGUGAUUGUGAUAUGAAACUAUUCCCCCAACAAAUAGUAUUCUUAUGUUUGACUUUUGACUACUGAUUAUGAUUGAUCGUGCUUGACUUUUGAUAUCGUGAAGUGUACAAUUGUAGAAAAACAAUCAUAAUACAUAAUAUCAAUAUCAACAUAUAUAAGUACAAAUAUAAAAAUUAAUAAAUUCUGUAAAGUGGAUGCGAGUCGACACAUAGUGGAUAUAUGCGCCCUGGUCCAGUUUAAUUAAUAUCAUAAUAAUAAUAAAUCAUAAUGAAACACACUCUGUUCUGAUAAGCAUAUAAAUUAAAAAUAUUAAAACUGUUUAGCCAUCAAAAAGUAUGCAUAAAAUAUAAAUUGGAAUAGGUAUGUGGUUUAUCAAGGUAAUUAUAUUGUCUUUAUUACGUAAAUAAAAUAAUUAAAAUCGUUUUUUUAAAA